CCCGAUUUAAAGAUGGGCCUAACCUCAAAUUAACAGAAGAAGUCACCUACUCUUGUCUCUCUCUCUCUCUCCUCUUGUCUCUCUGUAAAGAGAAGAGCUUUAGGGGUUCACUUCAGAUCUGUCCGUCUUCUCAAUUACUCCGUCGUCGCAGUGAUGAGUAGGAGAUACAGUCCGCCUUAUUACAGUCCUCCGAGGAGAGGAUACGGUGGUCGUGGCAGAAGCCCUCCUCCUCCUCCGCGACGUGGAUACGGUGGUGGUGGUGGUGGUGGUGGACGUAAGGGAUCUAGCCAUGGAAGUCUCUUGGUUCGAAACAUUCCUCUCGAUUGCAGACCAGAAGAGCUUCGUGUUCCCUUUGAGAGGUUUGGUCCUGUGAGGGAUGUCUAUAUCCCCAGAGACUAUUACUCAGGGGAACCUCGGGGGUUUGCUUUUGUGGAGUUUGUCGAUGCAUAUGAUGCUGGGGAGGCUCAAAGAAGCAUGAACAGAAGAGUAUUUGGUGGAAGAGAGAUAACCGUGGUUGUUGCUUCAGAGUCCAGGAAAAGACCUGAGGAGAUGCGUGUGAAGACUAGGACUCGUAGCAGGGAACCUUCUGGCUCUAGAGGUCGUUCUCAUGGACGGUCUCGUUCACGUUCAAUCUCUAGAUCACGCUCUCCCCGUCGUCCAUCGGAUUCUAGAAGCAGACGCCGAUCAAGGUCUUACUCACCUGCACCUAGAAGAAGAGGAGCAGACUAUUCAGCAUCGCCAAGGAGAAGACAAGAGGAACGUCCACGAUCACCAUUAAGAAGUCCUCCUCGAGGAGAAGGAGAUGCAAAAUACAGUCGCAGGUCUUAUUCCCCUGGCUAUGAAGGUGCUGCUGCUGCUGAAGACCGAGACACAAAUGGAGACAAUGAGACUAGAGAGAAACCGGACUAUGAACCAGAGGAAAGGCGUCGUGGUGGAAGAGAGGUUUCAAGGUCUCCAUCAGGAUCCAGGUCCAGAUCUGUGGAAGCGUCUCCAAGAUGAAACUUGUGUUGAAGAAAGAUUCUCUUUCUCAGAACAAAACUUUGUGCAACUCUCGCUCUAUGGUGUUUCUUUGUUUCUAUAGUAGUGAACUCUCUGUGUGCUCAAGAAACUCCUUUACUCUGGCUUGUUAAAAAGAUUCAUCUCGUCAUGUGAUGAUUUUUAAUAUCAUUCUCAGUUUGUUUUUUUUCUUUUUUAAUAUUUGUAUGAAGUCUUAUAUUCCUAUGAAUCUCCAUUUGAUGAA